AUCAUCGGACCGCGCGCUCUGCGUUCUGCUGCUCGAAAUGGGUUUCCAUCGGAUAUUUCUGAACGGGAUUAUCGCGUUUGGCUUUUAGGAUCGCGGCUGGAGUAUGAUUCACAGACAGCUCAUACUGUCCCAGUAACUCCUGACCUUCUCCUCAGGAUUUGAUGUGCUUUGAGUCGGUGAAUCAUAAUGCUGCUACACCUGUGUAGUGUAAAGAACCUGUACCAGACCAGGUUUCUGGGUCUGGCGGCCAUGACUUCGCCGUCACGGAGCUCCCAGAGCCGGCGGCGGUGUAAGGACGGGACGCGCUUCGGCUCGACUCACCCCGGCGAAUGCCUGGCUCUGCCCCGAUCCACCAGCGACACGGAUCUGGUGUCCUUGCAGAGCCGCUCCACCCUGAGCGUCAGCACCUCCCUCUACUGCAUCGGCCAAUCAGACGACAUCGUCAUCUGCUGGGACAUCAGAGAGGAAGUGGACGCUGGCGACUGGAUCGGCAUGUACCUCAUCGAUGAGGUUCUGUCAGAAAACUUUCUGGACUAUAAGAGUCGUGGCGUGAGCGGCUCUCACAAAGGCCAGAUCGUGUGGAGAAUCGAUGCCAGCUUGUACUUCAUGGAGGCGGAGACGAAGGUUUGCUUCAAAUAUUAUCAUGGUUUGAGUGGAGCGCUCAGAGCCACGACGCCCAGCGUGACGGUGCGAAACCCCUCUGCCAAUGCGCUGAAGCCUGUCAUCAGUCAGGAGCUUCCUCAGAGUCUGGGCAGCAGGAGACUCAUCAGCUUCUCUCUGUCAGACAUUCAGGCAGUGGGUCUGAAGAAGGGAAUGUUCUUCAAUCCCGACCCGUAUCUGAAAAUAGCCAUCCAGCCCGGAAAGCACAGCAUCUUCCCCGCGCUUCCUCACCACGGUCAGGAGAAACGGUCAGGAAUCAUCUGCAACACGGUCAACCCCAUCUGGAAGAGAGAGCGAUUUAGCUUCGUAUCUCUGCCGACGGACGUUUUGGAGAUUGAAGUUAAAGAUAAAUUUGCCAAGAGCAGACCUAUCAUUAAACGCUUCUUGGGAAAGCUGGUUGUGCCUGUACAGAGGCUGCUGGAGAAACAUGCUAUCGGGGACCGUGUGGUGAGUUACACCUUAGGCCGGCGGCUUCCAACAGAUCAUGUCAGUGGCCAGCUGCAGUUUCGUUUUGAGAUAACCUCAUCGAUUCAUCCAGAUGAUGAGGAGGUGUCCCUCAAUGCAAUGCCAGUCUUUGAUACGACACCUGACCAGCAGCCUGAUCCGGAGCUCAAUGAGGACCCACCACCAGCUUCUGAUCUGCCUGUGGAGGAUGCAUUGAGUUUGGGACCUGACACGCUGGAGCCUCCUGCCGAAAGUCCUCCAGAGGUAGAGACCCAGGAUGCAGUGCUGCUUACCUCUCUAGAUGAGCCCAGUAAGGAUACCCAACCAGAAGCAGAAGGAUCAGCUGACGAGCUUGUAACAGCUCGAGGAGAAACACUUUUGAGUGACGCCACUCAAGUAGAAACUGCAGAGCAAGACCCUGGAAAAACAGAGUCCGAGGAGAUGCAGGAGGAAACGGUGGCUGAGACUCUAUUGGAGGUACUGGAGAACCAUGAGGCUGAAGAUACGGGUGGACCAACUGAAGUGGGACCUACUGAAGAGCAUGCAGAGGUUGAGGGAGGCACAAGCUCAGAGCAGGUUGAGAUGAGAGUGGAAGGAGAUGGGAAUGAAGAAGAACCCUGUUCGCCAAGGAUGCGGAGUGCCUUGAAGCGCAAGAGCCGACCCUGUUCGCUUCCGGUGUCCGAGUUGGAGACAGUCAUCGCCUCAGCCUGUGAGGAACCAGAGACGCCACGUUCUCACUACAUCCGCAUUCAUCAUCUGCUGCACAGCUUGCCGUCAGCUCAGUGCCACCAUGACAGCCAAGAUGAAGACGAGGUACUUGACCUGGAAUCUUCCGAGGAAGUCACUGUCAAACCCCAAGAGGACAAAGAGGAAGAGGCGGAAGAAGACGAGGUGUCUGAAGCCCAGUCUCCAUCCAUCGUGCCCGAGUGUCCUAGACCUUGUUGUAGGCGUACCCUACCACGUAGCCUCUCCAUUGAGCGCCUUUCCGAACUCAACCAACUUCUGGAAGGUGAAAGACCCUCACCUUCCACCCUCCGAGUGGAAAGCGAACACUUGGAAGUGAGUGGCGGAAACAGAAGGGAACCUCGAGAGAGUGAGUGUGAACUGUGUGACAAUUCCUGCUACAGUACUUCGUGUUACAGCACAUCCUGUUACAGCACUUCCUGUUACAGUAACUCAGGUUAUGAGGGGCGUAACCACCUUUGCAGCCAUACGCGCCUCUCUUCGGUUGACAGCACCCGUCUGUCGGAGAGCACCGUUUUUUCCUCACAGGAGGAAGAGGAGGAGGAGAACAGUGCUUUUGAGUCAGUCUCGGAUUCGAUGCAGAGUCCAGAUAUAAGGGAGCCAGGAGACAGGUCGAUUCACUGGAGAGAGUCGUCGUCAGAGGAAAGUCCCCAGAGAGAAGGGGAGGUAGAGAUGUCACCUGUUCCUGGGCCUAGUUUUAGGUCGUCAGACUGGGAGGCCCGGAUUGACAGUCAUGGCCGUGUUUUCUACGUGGACCAUGUGAACCGCACCACCACGUGGCAGAGACCCAGCCAUGCAGCCAAAUGCACCGGCAUCCACAGAUCCGGCUCCACUCACCAGAUGGAGCAGCUCAACAGGAGGUAUCAGAACAUCCAGAGGACGAUGGCCAACGAAGAUGAACCGGCCGGUCGUGGACCUGAGAGAAUCAAUGGCGGUGGAGACACAGAUAGUGAAUCCACACCACAAGCUCCAGAUCAGAGAAGGGAAGGUCCUUCAUCGCCUGUCAAUAAUCAGAACGUGACGCUGCUGCUCCAGUCUCCAGCCGUGAAGUUCGUCACCCACCCAGAAUUCUUCACUGUCCUCCAUGCUAACUACGGUGCGUAUCGGAUGUUUACUAACAGCACUUGCCUGAAGCACAUGAUUUUGAAGAUACGGCGAGACGCGCGCAACUUUGAGAGAUAUCAACACAACCGCGACCUCGUCACUUUCCUCAACAAAUUCGCCGAUACUCAGCUGGAGCUCCCGAGAGGCUGGGAGAUCAAGACAGACCCACAGGGCAAGUCGUUCUUUGUGGACCACAACAGUCGUGCGACGACCUUCAUUGACCCCCGGAUUCCCCUUCAGAACGGACGCCUGCCGAAUCACCUGACGCACAGACAGCACUUACAGAGACUGCGCAGCUACAGCGCCGGAGAGGCGUCAGAAGUGUCCCGAAACAGAGGAGCGUCUCUGGUCAGCAGACCUGGAAACGCUUUAGUGUCGGCCGUCAGGAGUCAAUACCAGCCCGAUUCAGUGCCUCUAGCUUACAAUGAUAAGAUUGUGGCUUUCCUGCGUCAACCAAACAUACUGGACAUGCUGCAGGAACGGCAGCCGAGUCUCGCCAGGAAUCACACACUCAGGGAGAAAAUCCAUUACAUCAGAACCGAAGGUCCUCAGGGUGUGGAAAAGCUGUCCUGUGACGCCGACCUGGUCAUGCUGUUGAGUCUGUUUGAUGAGGAGAUCAUGUCGUAUAUUCCAUCUCACUCUUUCCACCCUGGCUUCAGUUUCUCUCCGCGCUGCUCUCCGGGAUCCUCGCCUCAGAGUUCACCGGGCUUGCAGAGGGCCAGAGCGCCUGCUCCAUACCGCAGAGACUUUGAGGCAAAACUUCGCAAUUUUUACAGGAAGCUGGAGGCUAAAGGAUACGGACAGGGACCAGGAAAAAUCAAGCUCAUCAUCAGAAGGGAGCAUCUACUGGAGGGCACCUUUAAUCAAGUAAUGGCCUACUCACGCAAAGAGCUCCAGAGAAACAAGCUCUACAUCACCUUUGUAGGAGAGGAAGGUUUGGAUUACAGCGGUCCAUCGCGGGAGUUCUUCUUCCUGUUGUCUCAGGAGCUGUUUAACCCCUACUACGGUCUGUUUGAGUACUCAGCCAAUGACACGUAUACAGUGCAGAUCAGCCCCAUGUCUGCAUUCGUAGAGAACCAUUUGGAAUGGUUCCGUUUCAGUGGCCGUAUUUUGGGUCUGGCUCUGAUCCACCAGUAUCUGUUGGAUGCUUUCUUCACCCGACCUUUCUACAAGGCCCUCCUCAGACUAGUGACAGAUCUGAGUGAUUUGGAAUACCUGGAUGAGGAGUUCCACCAGAGCUUACAGUGGAUGAAGGACAACGAUAUUACUGAUAUCCUGGAUCUGACGUUCACAGUCAACGAGGAGGUCUUCGGACAGGUGAUAGAGAGGGAACUGAAGUCGGGGGGCUCUAAUACCCAAGUGACGGAGAAGAACAAGAAGGAAUACAUUGAGCGCAUGGCAAGAUGGAGGGUGGAGAGAGGAGUUAUGCAGCAGACUGAAGCCCUUGUACGAGGUUUCUAUGAGGUUGUAGACUCCCGUCUGGUUUCGGUGUUCGAUGCUCGCGAGCUGGAGUUGGUCAUUGCAGGGACGGCAGAGAUUGAUUUGAGUGACUGGAGAUCCAACACAGAAUAUAGAGGAGGUUACCAUGAUGGGCACAUUGUGAUUCGUUGUUUCUGGGAUGCGGUGGAGCGCUUCAAUAAUGAACAGAGGUUGCGCCUUCUGCAGUUCGUAACGGGAACUUCCAGUGUCCCCUACGAGGGUUUCGCAGCGCUUCGUGGGAGCAACGGUCUGCGGCGCUUCUGCAUUGAAAAGUGGGGAAAGAUUACCUCUCUACCCAGGGCGCACACAUGCUUCAACCGUCUGGAUCUGCCUCCUUAUCCGUCGUACAAUAUGCUGUAUGAGAAACUUCUCACCGCUGUGGAGGAGACCAGCACCUUUGGUCUGGAGUGAAGGUGUGAGGCUUGAUUGAGACUUGAUUUUUUUAUUCCUGCAUUUUCAAUAACUCAAUCCACAAGAGACUUUUUAGAGAUUUUUAAACUACAUAUAUCUGAGAAUUUUGUUUUAAAUGACUUGAAAUAGCAUGUUUCUGCACUAAAAUAUAAGACAUAUAGUACUUUAUGGGAGUGUGGGGUCCAAAGCAACAUGUAUGCAAUAGUGAAAACCUUGCUCCAGCCUAUUGCAUCCUACUCAUGUUCAUCCUUGUCGUCAUUCUGUUGGUUAGGCAUAAGUACGUCUGCUUUCUGAUUGGAUAUUCCCUUAAAAUGUGGUAGUGUGAUGCCUGGCUAUGUUUGAAAUGGAAUACUAACAUAUUGCUUACUGAAUACUGCACAGUAUAUACUGUACUUCAUACUGCCAGUAUUUUUUUAUAUUCUGUAGUAUAUAAAACAUGCAACAGACAAACAUUUUCAAGUGCAGUAUGCAAUGUAGUUGCCAUAUGACCUCAUUACACUGCAUGUUUAAAAAUUAAGCAUGUGUCGCUCAGUUUUCAUAUCAGAAAUAAAAAGUUAUUUUGUAUUACAUUAAGUAGGCACAUUGCAUUACGGGAUGCAAUACUCUAAAUAUAUGUAAUGUAAAACAUUAUCUAGGUAUUGUAUGCUUACAGAUAACGUUCAUACUGUGCAUGUUAUGGAUACUGCAUAAAUAGUAUGAGUAGUAUGCUAGUAUGCCAAUCUGAACAUAGCCCCUGACCAAACCUUAAAGGGACAGUACACCCAAAAAUGAAAAUGUGAUUUUAUUUACUCACUCUCAGGCCUUCAAAAAUGUACAGUAGUUGACUUUUUUUCUUCAACGGAACAGUAAAGAAGAUUUUUAGCUGAAACCAUGAUUGUUGGUGAUUCAUAAAAUGCAAGUCAGCAGCUGCCGUCACUUUGAAAGUCAAAAAAAGCAUAAAUAUUUGUGGCUCCUGAUGAUAUAUUGAGGUUUUAUGAAGUGAAAUGAUCAGUCUGUGCAAGAACUGAACAUUAUUAACAGAAUUAUUACCUGUAAUCCAGAGCCUCAGAAAACGGUCUUAAUGAUAUCUGGUUCAUGAACGAAAUAUUCUGUUAAACUGGUUCUUUUUAGUGAAUCCGUCCAUCAGAUUGGACUGAAGCGAAACAAUUCGUGGAUCAAACAGCACAGAUUUACAAGUUACUCGAUUGAAACUCACUUUCAGACGUCUAAUAGUUACUCUGACUCGAAAUGAGCCAAAAUAGCCAUGUAUGUGAUUCUGUGAUAAAUGAAUCAUUCAGUGCUCCGGUUCAACUUAGACUGAAGAUUGAUGAGGCACUGAUAUGCACAUGUGUAAACCGAAUAUUUGAAUGAAUAAACAUUUUUGUGGUUUCUCAUUGUUUAUGUAAAAAGGUGAGCUGAUGAAGACUAGUUUGUUCACUUUACAUGCUUUAGACAGGUAAAACGUCCAUGUUUCACAUCAUUAUUGGGUGCUUUAAUAAUAUAGUUGUGUAUACAAUACGUCAUUGUGUGAUUUAGUAAACAAAAUAGUGAAUUGAAUCAGUUCAUUGAAACGAACUGUUCGAAAGAAUCAGUUCGCAGAAAAGAAUCGGAUAUGUGUUUGUCUGAGGUUCUGGACCUAUGGUGCAUCUAAGCUGUUUAUUGCUAUAGCAAAGCUUAACAACUCCCUACAGAAAAAAAACAAAGCUAAAACCAGCCUAAGCUGAACAGCUGCUUUGGCUGGUUUUAAAGUGGUUUUGGCUACUUUCUAGCUGGUCUUAGCUGGCCAAGCUGGUUUAAACAUGUUAAACAUGCUAACCUGUUAAUCAUGUUAGCAACAUGCUAUUAACAUGCUAAUCAUGCUGGCAACAUGGUAAUGGCAUGCUAAUUAUGUUAGAAACAUGCUAGCAGCAUGCUAAUAACUUGCUAACCAUGCUAGUAACAUGCUACUAGCUUGUUAACCAGGUUAGAAACAUGCUAACAACAUGAUAAUAACUUGUUAAUCAUGCUAGCAACAUGCUUAUCAUGCUAACAACAUGCUAAUCAUGUUACAAAACAUGCUAAUGACAUGCUAAUCAUGCUAACAACAUGCUAGUAAUAUGCUAAUCAUUCUAGAAUCAUGCUAGCAACAUUCUAGUAACUUGUUAAUCUUGCUAACAACAUGUUAGUAACAUGUUAAUCAUGUUAUUAACUUGUUAACCAUGCUAGCAACAUGCUAGUAACUUGUUAAUCAUGCUACGAACAUGCUGGGAAAAUGCUAGCAACAUAGUAAGCAUGUUAGAAACAAGCUAGCAACAUGCUAAUCAGGCUAUAAACAUGCUAGUAACUUGCUAAUCAUGCUAACAACAUGCUAAUCAUGCUAACAAUAUUGUAAUCAGCCUAUAAAAAUGCAAACAACAAGCUAAUCAUGUUAAAACAUGUUAACAACAUGUUAAAUUGUGUAAGCAAUGUUCUAAAUCAUGCAGCAACAUCAACUUUCAUACUUUUACAGCUGUUUCAAACUUUCAGGCUAGGCUUUCUCAAGCAAACUCAAGUUUGUUCUCAAACUUUACUCAUUUAGUUUUGUGUUGCUUUUUUAGCAGGCACUGACUUGCAUUUUAUGAAUCACCAACCCUGGUGAAAAAAACAGCAUAUGCUGGUUAGGUAUGUUUUGAUGCUGGUUUAUGCUGGUCCUUUGCUGGUUUAUGCUGGUCAUGUUGCUGGUCAAGCAUCAAAACAUAGCUACCAGCAUAUGCUGGUUUUUUUCACCAGGGAAGGACCACGUUUUCAGCUAAAAAUCUUCUUUCCUGUUCUACUCAAGAAAGUCACCUGCAUCCUUGAUGGCCUGAAGGUGAAAAAAUUACGACAAUGUUUCAUUUUUGGGUGAACUGUUCCUUUAGAUCAGUUUAAAAAUUAAUUCUCAAACCAUAGUAAAUCUGUUUGCCUUUACAUCAUUCCUCAACUGUUUUUCUCUGAUUUAAUCACAUGGCUCAAAUACUGUUGGUGAUGUCAUACAAACUGAUUCUGUUUGUGAGCAAGAAAUAGUUAAACUCAAGUUUGUCACCUCACUCUCACUAAUAUGUGCUCAAGCUGUAGGUAGGAAGCACACAUGGAAGCUCACUUGAUAGUGAUGUAAGCGACUUCAUUGUGUAACCAAGUUAGUGACACUAACACUAAGCUCAUCAGAAGUUUCUGCCAGCAGUGUCCAUGUGGCCACAUUAGAAAUAACUCUCUAAUUGUUUCAACAAUGCUUCUUAAAGCCAAAGCUUUUUUAGGGCCCAGGGAUGAGCUUCAUUUAAUGAUGACACUGGCAAUGGCACGACAUUGGAUUCAUUCCCAGUUUCUUGGCAUUAGUGUGACUGUACGUCCUCUUUUCCCCAGACAUGUCCUGGAUGGGAUGUCUAAAUUGCCUAAUGUCUGGGUUUUGGCUUUGUUUUCCUAUUGACACACUCUCUACUACAGUUCUCAUAUAUUAUAUGUACGCAUAUUUACAUUGCUUCACACGCCAUGAUUGGUUGAUACAUACAAUGCCUGCAUGCUAUUGGUCAAACCACUUUUCAGUCAUUACCUUCAGCAAGUAUGAAAAAAAGGAAAACAAAGCCUAAACAGACAUUUUAGGCAAUUUAGAAGUAAAAAAAACGACGUAUGAUCAUCCUACGUGCAUAAUAAUCUUUUGUUAUAAAAUUGUAGGCAUUGCCACGGAUAACAGAUUUAAAACCUCACAUCCACCUUGUAUAUUGCAUAUUUUUUUUUAUUGACUUAAUUGUUUAAUUUAUUGAUGCACAUCAUCCAUAGCAACGGUCAAACAAAUAUGAGUUUGUAUUGUUGCUCAUAACUGUAAAACUGCAAAUGCAAACAGUCUCCUAAUAUUAAUAAAAUUACUGUUCAUAAACACAGAUGACAAAACCAGAUGAAGAGAUUUAGUUAGAAUGAAGCAAGUGGUGCUUUAACGUGUCUAUAUUUGUAUUUUGUGUUGGCUGAACGCCUUUCACCUCACUAUCAAACGAGAAUUGGUUUAUGGAUGUUUAUCCAGGCCAUCAUUUAAUGCAUGCAAGCUCUUAUGAUGGCGUUUAUCAUUGUGUUAUAUUUCAUUUAUUGUUUAUUAUUUCCCAUAAACAUGUUUCAGUGACUCAAAAACUUUUUUGGAAGGAUGUACACUAACAGUGAAUCUGUGUAUUGAAAUCAAACUUGUUUUAUCAUAGAUAAAAAUUGUGAAAUGACUACCUGACCAUUUGCUGUACACUGUUCAGUUGAUGAUAUUAUAAUGAUGUAUUUUUAUCAUUUUUAUUUGUUUUGUAUUUUAUAUUCUUUUUGUAUAUGAGUUCAAGAUAAUUUGGGGAAAAAAUGAAAAUGCAUGUAAAAACCCUUUUCAAUGUAGCUCUUAAUGAAAUACAGAUGUAAAUACAAUUACGAACACAAAUGACUCUAUAUCAGCCUAAUUUUCUGAUGUCCGUCUGUUCUACAUGAACAGACUUUGCUUUUGCCCCAAAUCGUUGUACAUAAAUGUCAAUAAACAAUCACUUUGUUGUAGGUUGUAUGAAUUAUGAUUCACAAAUACACAAGUUCACUCUCAUCCUUACACAGUGCAAACACUAGAGGGCCUCACUCCAGUGUUUUGAAGAAUCUCUUCAACAUGUGUGUGCAUGCUUUGCUAAACAUAAGGAGACAAAAAUAUUUGAAUAAAUUCAGAAUAAAGGUCUUAUAAUAAAAAAGUAUUAUUAUAUAAGACGCACUUUUAUUUUAGUGUCACCACAAUAAAAUACGCAUUAUGGAUUUUGGGGAUAUCGUUUAGUCUAUAGUUUUUAUAAUUA